UCUAGCUUGUGAUUGGUGGGCAUUAUAGAUUAGGAGCUUGCACGCUGAAUCGGGACAGUGUGUUUUACAUAGAGAACAGUCGGAGCAUCAUCCUGCGUUCUUUAUGAGAUUAUGUAGUGUUCUAAAGCCAGUUUGUAGGCAUCUGACAGUGUCCUUGAGAGAAGACCCAUUAGCGGAUUUCCACAGCAUCUCAUCAUUUGCAUACUUUGUUUGCAAAAUAAAUAUGCAUCUUUUUAACGAGACCAUAUGCAUCGCACCACAGUGGACGUCGUUUGUCAAGUUUCACACCUGUUUUUGGAAGUGCGGGUUAUCCGUAAGUAAGCCUAGUACUAUAUAAAUGACACACCAUAAAAAACACAUCACUGAAUGAAAAUAGUUUAGUCUAAACAACCUAAAGAAACGUGAAUCAGACAUCAUAGUAUAGACAAGGAAGACACAGACUACUUAUAUCCCUUCAAUGGCAUGACUCGUUUUUCAAGUCACAAUGGAGGAGAAAUUGAACAAACUCUUGGUGAUUCCGAUUCUGGGGGUUCUUUUUGUUAUGAUUGGAUACCAGUAUAUCUGCCCCGCUGGUAGUAACUCAUGUCACUUCAGCACCGGGGAAAAGUUGAGUGAUGUGUUCAGCAAACAUUCAAGGAACAACAUUUUCGUGGACCAAGAGAUCGACAAAGACGGUUCUUCUAAGAUCCAGUCCAAAUUCAAUUUCACUGACCGAGACCUUGAACGCCGCAUAGACUUUAACAUCAAAGGAGACGACGUUAUUGUGUUUCUACACAUUCAAAAGACAGGGGGGACCACUUUCGGACGGCACCUUGUUAAAAACAUUAAACUCGAGCAACCAUGCGACUGCAUGCCUGAACAGAAAAAAUGCACAUGUCACCGUCCGGGCAAAGAGGAAUCGUGGCUGUUCUCCAGGUUCUCAACGGGGUGGAGUUGUGGGUUGCACGCAGACUGGACCGAGCUCACAAACUGUGUGCCAGUAGUGAUGAAUAAAAAAGACAAGAAGAAUGUCCAAAGGAAUCGACGGAACUUCUACUACAUCACCAUGUUGAGGGAUCCGGUCUCCCGCUACCUGAGCGAGUGGAAGCACGUGCAGCGUGGGGCCACCUGGAAGACCGCCCUCCACAUGUGCGAUGGCCGCUCACCCACCGAAGACGAGCUGCCUGCCUGUUACCACGGUGAUGACUGGACGGGCGUCACCCUGAACGGGUUCAUGGACUGCCCCUCCAACCUGGCCAACAACCGGCAGGUGCGCAUGCUGGCCGACCUCAGCCUGGUGGGCUGCUACAACCUGUCCUCCAUGAGCGAGCAGGAGCGUGGCCGCGUCCUGCUGGCCAGUGCCAAGGCCAACCUCCGGAACAUGGCCUUCUACGGCCUGACAGAGUUCCAGCGCAAGACGCAGUUCCUGUUCGAGCGGACGUUCGGCCUGCGCUUCAUCCAGGCCUUCACGCAGCUCAACAGCACGCGGGCGUCCACCGUGGGCGUCGGGGAAGGGGAGUUGCGGCGUCGCAUCGAGGGCCUCAACGCGCUGGACGUGGAGCUGUACGAGUACGCCAAAGAGCUCUUCCUGCGGCGCUACCAGUACAGCCGCCAGAGACAGCACCUGGAGGAGAGGCUGAGGCGGAGGCUGGCGAGGAAGCGGCAGCACACAGCCGCCGCCUCGCAGCGCAGGAGGCUUGAGGAGGACGAGGCGGCAGGGACCACCGAGGACUACGGUAGCCAAGUGGUACGCUGGUGAGAGGAGGACUGGGUGUGUAGCAGCUGGCCGAGGGGGAGGAAAGGCUGUCUUCUCAAGUUGUUUUCGCUUCUCUGUCUUUCUAAACCCCGUUUCUCUCUCUCUAGUUCUUCUCCAAAUCUGGAACUCUCUAAGCAGCUCCAUCUUGGACUUGCCUGUACUUUGGCUGCUCUGAGGCCUGCUCUAGUACAGCUAUGCAGAUGAGUCUUGCCAGAGUUAUCUUGGACUGACCACUAGUGUCUUAUUGUGUUUAAUGUAUGCCUUUAGUAAAACUAGUCAUAAUGCAAGAUGCAUUGUCUCAUUGUGCAUUUCACUUUUUUGUUAUUUAAACCUGUUGCCCUGUUUUGACUUUAUUCAAUUACCUUUCAACAUGGUGUCUAAUGACAGUUCAGUACGCACCAAGGAAUAUAAGAAGACA